GUACUCGGGAUCCGACAGCCGGUGGGUCCAGGCCAUGGGGCAGCCCUGGGCAGUGGGGAGCGCGGAGUGGGCGCCCGCGCGGCUGCCUCUCGUGCUCACUGCGCUGUGGGCCGCGGCUGUGGGCCUGGAGCUGGCCUAUGUGCUGGUUCUAGGUCCCGGGCCGCCCCCGCUAGGACCCCUGGCUCGGGCCUUGCACCUAGUGCUGGCCGCCUUCCAGCUGCUCAACCUGCUGGGCAACGUGGGGCUCUUCCUGCGCUCGGACCCCAGCAUCCGGGGCGUGAUGCUGGCCGGCCGCGGUCUGGGCCAGGGCUGGGCUUACUGCUACCAGUGCCAAAGCCAGGUGCCACCCCGCAGUGGGCAUUGCUCCUCCUGCCGCGUCUGCAUCCUUCGCCGGGAUCACCACUGCCGCCUUCUGGGCCGCUGUGUGGGGUUCCGCAACUACCGGCCCUUCCUGUGCCUGCUGCUUCAUGCUGCAGGCGUCCUGCUGCUUCAUGCUGCAGGCGUCCUGCUGCAUGUCUCUGUGCUGCUGGGCCCUGCCCUGUCAGCCCUCCUGCGAGCCCACGCGCCCCUCCACACCGCCGCCCUCCUCCUGCUGCCCUGGCUCAUGCUGCUCACAGGCAGAGUGUCUCUGGCUCAGUUUGCCCUGGCCUUUGUGACCGACACGUGUGUGGCAGGUGCACUGUUGUGCGGGGCUGGGCUGCUCUUGCAUGGGAUGCUGCUGCUGAGGGGCCAGACCACAUGGGAGUGGGCUCGGGGCCAGCACUCUUAUGACCUGGGCCCUUGCCACAGCUUGCAGGCGGCCCUGGGGCCCCGCUGGGUCCUCGUCUGGCUCUGGCCCUUCCUGGCCUCCCCAUUGCCUGGGGAUGGGAUCACCUUCCAGACUGCAGUUGAUGUGGGCCUCGUGGCUUCCUAA